UUGUCGUCAAUGAGUAAAAGUUCAUGCUGGGCAAGAGGAAAUUGGGAGCACUUACUGCCUGCUUUCGUAUGCAUGUUUCGGGAUAAUCGUAAUUGGGUGGAAAAAUUGCGUGUUAGAAGUGGAAGAUCAAUUUUUUUGUCUGAUCUUGAAGCUAUAAUUUGCUGCGAUACAUUUUCCAUUUUGAAAGCUAUAUUCACGGAAAUAUUUUGCCUGUUCAACAAACACGAGUCGAUAUUUGCAACAAUGUCGGGAAAAUUGCAAGAAAAUAAUAUGCAGUGGGACAGCUCGACAGAUGAGGAUACUACAUACGAAUGCAGGUACAAUAUGCGGCUGAGAGAUUCACUGAAGAACAACCAACAGUCUAUUAUAUCACAAAAUGAGACCAUUUCGGAACCAAGAAAGAGAGGCAGAGGGUGUUCUAAGAGACCCUGCUUGAAUAAAAAUGCUUUGAUGGCUCGAGAAAAUAGACAGAAGAAAAAAGCAUAUCUCGAAAAGGUAGAAAGUAUGCUAUCUUUCUAUCAAAAAGAAAAUAAGAACUUGACUGAUGUUAUAAGAAAACAGAGUAUCGACAUCAAACGGUUAACUGGAGAAGUUGCCUAUCUCAGGAAUGUCUUAAAAAAUAAUACUAAUAUUUCUCUGUUACUUAAAACUAUUAAUAAUGGUCUCCGUAAAAUCAACACGUUACAAAAGAAUUCAUUCCACCCACAUCAUGUUUCUCAGUGUUCAAACGAGUCUGAAACACAGUGUAAAUGUACAUGUUACACAGACUCGAAGGAGAAAGUAUUACAUCCUCAGAAUAGUAACAUAUUUAUUAACAAUGACAAUAAUGAUAUUUUGACCAAGCAUAGUAUAUCUGAAAGUCAAAGCAGCAAAUCUUAUGUAAACAACAAGAAUCAAAUUAUUUGUAAGAAUCACAAUAUCGAUAAGAUUUUUCCAUUGUCUUUAGAUUCUGAUCACACUUAUGCUAUUUCUGAAACUUCUAUAGCUGAUGUCAAGAAUAGUUUGAAUGACAAGGAAACAAUCAACACUAUAACUUCAACUACGGAUUUGUUUUCGGGAGAUACUUAUGUGAAUGACGAGAACGAAUUUGACUGUCUACUGCCAGUCACCCAAGGAGAUUUAUCCAACGUAGAUGAGAAAAAGGAUAAUGACCCCAUUGGUAUUGACUUUGAUCAGUUGUCUUCAUUCAAUAUGGAUAUAUUCGAAGACCUUCCUAAAUGCGAUGAGAUGAUGGACAGUGUGGAGAGUCUAAAUGAUACAUCAAAUCUUUUCACGGAAGAAGAAACAUCCCACAGUCCAGAUAAUACUGGAAUCUGUCUUCAUGUUAAUUCUGAUAAAGUAUCUCUAGAAUUUUGUUCCAUUUGUCAUUUAAAUAGUAAAAACUCAAGAUUAAAUUGAAGGGGGAUUCGAUCGUGAUUGGUGUAAGCUCAUUUGACGAUGAGUCACCUGUAGAAGGGGAUAACCAGAUACUCUGGAACUUUUUCUAGAUCAGUGGAGUAUUGAUAAUUAACAACAACAAUGUACAUCAAGAAAAUAUAUGAUGUCUAGGUGUACCUGUUGGCAAAACAUUGUACAACUAUUUUCUUCAUGAAGUGAAAGUUACGUUAUAUUAGUAUUCAAACUUUAUGUAACUAUAUGUAAUAUGUAUGCAUAUGUGUAUAUGUAUAUAUAUAUUUUUUUUUCUAAAAGACAGGUUUUUAUGCGGGUAAAAUUUUUAAAAAUUGUAGUUAUUAGCAAGUAAUGGUAUAUGAAAUAUUCUGAUCACAGGUGACAUCAUUUAUAAUAUUCAGUAAUAGUAUUUAAUGAGAUAAGAAUUUUUGUAUGCAUAUCUUUUAUGUUGCUAUAAGUAAAAUGUACAAAAAUAUUGGUUUUCUAGAUGUAAUAUAAAUUUAUGUUUUUUCUUUUCCUCUGAGGCUGUAAUUCUUUGCUUUUUACAGGAUAACACUGUGUUGGCACUGAAGUCUUCUAGCAAGGAUUACACACAAAGGUCUGGCAUUCCUGAUGCGCUUUGGUUAAUGGCAUAAAGUAUUAUUUUGGAACUGUUACAAUUAGUUAUUGGGAAAAUGAGUGGAAUCACGAUCGCCCCCUUCUUUUACAUGAUCAAUAUAUGUAAUAAUUAUAUAUAUAUAUAUAUAUAUAUACACGUAUAUAUAUAUAUAUUGUAAACAGCUCCAUCUCGGAUGUUAUUUACAAUGCGGAACAUUCCACCCACUGAUUAAGUUUUGUGAUAAUUGAGAUUAAAAUCAAAGAACUAAGUAACACAUGUAACGUUUCUUCUUUGAACACUAGUUUGAAGCGCUCUUGCAAUGCCAGAGAUAUAUUUUUUUCCAGUCAUAUCUAAUUUUUCAUAGUAGAAAAUUAUGGAACAAGCAUUGUAGAAUAUUUUUACAGUUUCUAGAGGAAAAGAAACGUAUCUAUUUCAUCUUAACGUUACGAUAUCCUCUUGUUUUAAUACGCAAAUUAUUUUUAUAUAUUUUUAUUAUGAACAAAUUAUUUUCCUAUGUAAUAAAACAGAAGAAUUAAAUUGAAAGUUAUAUACAAUUAUGUUAAAUAUAUUGUAACUAAUGUUUUAUAUAAAUAUAGAAUUAUUUUAUGCAUAGAUUAA